ACCAAGGGUGAUAGUUAAUCGUUUAUAGAAAAUUCAAGUUGUAUUACUCCACACUUUGCUAGGAACAACCACCACGUACUCCAUUAGACGGUCAGUCAAAAACAAAAGCUCAUAGAUAUAUCUUCAAGUAGAUCAUCAAGAGACAAGAGUUACGUUAAUUGGAGAUUCAAGAUUGUAUUUAAACCAUAUGCAAGACAAAAGUUUUAUGAACCACCACUACGCUAUUAGAAAUGCAGAAUGUUACAUGAUUGGAAGAGCCACAUAAGUCAUUGUAAUUAUGUAACGUCUGCAUAAAGUUUGACGACAAUGGUACCCACUUCCGGUAAAACGGGGUAUGAGGAGGUAUGAUGUAGACAACAUUAUCCCCACCAAAAACUGCUUCUAAAAGGACCCCAGUCUAGAGUUUUACAUAUAAAAAAUAUAUUGGACAAUAAAAUAAAACCAAAGAAAAGAAAAAAAGAUCUGGAGAACUCUAUCUAAAGUCCGUAUGAGUUUCCACUUAAUUUGCUAUUAGAAAUGCAGAAUAUUUAAUUUUAAAUAUUUGUCAAUUUUUUUUUGUAAAGUUAGUAUCGAUUCAGACGUAUUGGAGACAAUUUUAACCAAUGAUUUGUUUGACCUCCAACCCCUUCUUCAUGGAAAAUACCUUAGAGAUGAGAAACCCAAGCCUCCAACCCGAGACAUUGGGGAAAACUCAUCUCCGAGACCUACAUAGGGGAUUUAGAAGAUACCUCUCGACAACCAACAUAAGUAGAGUUGCUAAAUUUAGAAUAUUUGUCAAUUUUUAACUGGUAAAUGAAGUUUUAUCUUAACCCAAUAGGAAAAAGCCCAAAUAACCUUUAAGAGCCCAAUAAGAAAAACAACAAGAAAAGCAGCCGCAUCCCCAGCGGCAAUUAUUUAUCAAUAUUUUCCCGCCAUUUCUACGUUCCCCUUUUUUUGUUUUUGUGUGUGUGUGUGUGUGAGAGAGAGAGAGAUGGAAGCGAAGAAGGCGACGACGGCGGCAGGUGGUGCGGGAUCGUGUUUGGAUACAUUAGUUUCAUCUUUCAAUGCUCGAAUUGCUGAGCUUCAGAAUCUCGUUGUUGCCCGUAACAUGUAUCCUGCAAGUAGUAUCACCGAUUUAUCGGCGGUUGAUGCUACAUUGACAACAAUGGAACUUCAGUUACAGAAAAUCAAAGAUCGAUUGCGCGAAGAAACCCUAGCCAUCCCUAAAGCUAAAAAGCUGAUUGAAGCAGCUCUACAACAGCAGCAGAAGUUGCAAAAUAUGUCUGCAUAUGUGCCGUCAUAUUUGCCUGAAAGGGGAAAGCUCACACAUCAAGAUAAUAGUUCAUGUUCCAUCAUAGAGGAACCUACACAAGAUCAUUCUUUCGGGAUGCAAGAAUUUAAGGAGCCUGCUCUAUUACCCAAAGAGAAAAAGGGUCGUGGGUCUCCACCUUUGUGGCACAUUACUGCCAAUGAACUGGACUCUUUGUCAUCGUAUAUGAGAGGAAGGCUAACUUUAGAAAAGGUUAAUGCAGCCAUUAAUGACAUGGCUGCUUUUGCAGAGGUUAAUUCCCAGCUUAUUGCAGCCCCAAGAAGGAAGCUGACAGAAAGUACCUUAGAGAAAGCUAUGGAAAAGAGAGAGAUUGGAAAUGCUGAAGGAGUGAAGGGCAAACAUUUCUUUCUAGAAACUGAUAUGAAGGGACCUUCACUGAAGCUUGAUACGACUGGAAAAGCAAUAUUAACCGUCCUUCGUCACCUUGGACGCUUAAGUGAGUGUCGCAUUGGCCCUCAUCGUGUCUUUGUCCUAUCAAGGCCUCAUUAAGAACAUGUUUUGAUUCUACAAGUCAUCUUCUUCCGAGUUUGUCAACUACUUCUCAGUAAGGUAUAAACUUGUAAAGCUAUGAGAAAAGUUGUGAGUAUUUUAAUAGGAUUCAAAUGCUUUGCUUGUUCUAUAACAUGUUUACCUGCGCUUACAUAUGGUUUUGACAUUCCUGAUUCCUCGAGGUGAUCUUUUCCUGACUUUAGCUAGUAGCCUUAACGGUUUCAUUUGAUAAAUCUGAAUUGAAGUUUGCAUGGUGUUCAUGUUUUUUUUUUAAUAAACCGUC